AGAAUUCAGAAAAGGCAAAGGCAGCGCCUCAAUCAUUCGAGUUUGAGAGAAGCACAACCAGAUCUUCCAAGGUAGCAUCAAACGCACUCGAUCUCAUCGCCCAUCAAUAAUGGCGGAAGCUGUUGUGUCCUUGGCCGUGGCAAGAAUCAGUAAUCUGUUGAUUGAAGAAACGAAGUUUUUACGCGGAGUGAGAGGUCAAGUGGAGGAUCUUCAAACAGAGCUCAAACGAAUGCAGAGUUUCCUCAGAGAUGCUGAUAACAUUCAGUACACGGACAAUAGGGUUCGUAAUUGGAUUGGGGAAAUUAGAGAGCUCGCUUACAAAGUAGAGAACGUCCUCGAUGCUUUUGUCCUCAAAGUUGCGUCUAGGAGUAGCCGAUCCGGAGGCUUGCGUAACAUGGUGCGAAGAUUUGUUUGCAUCUUCAGCAAAGGUGUAAACUUUCACAAGGUCGGACUGGAGAUUGGUGAGAUCAAAGUCAAGAUCGCUAAUCUCACUACCAGUCUAGAUACUUACGGUGUUAAUCAUUUAAGGGAAAUUGAAGGCUCAAAUUCUGUGCACAACACACAAUUCUUACUUAGACGGACAUAUUCCCACUAUAUUGAAGAGGAUUUUGCUGGAUUUCAAGAAGAUAUAAGAAAAUUGGUGGCAGAAUUGAUGCGUGAUGAUAACCAAUGUCGAGUUGUUUCAAUUUGUGGCAUGGGCGGGCUAGGAAAGACCACUCUUGCUCGUGAGGUUUAUCAUCACCAGACCAUUAGGCAUCAUUUUGACAGGUUUGGAUGGACUACCAUUUCACAACAAUGGAGAAAAGAGGAUGUCUUGCAAAGACUCUUAACCGACCUGAUGCCUGAGCAGAAGGGAGAAAUUAAGAGCAUGAGAGAUGAAGAGUUGGUUAGGCAACUGUUUAAAAUCCAGAAGAAUAGAAAAUGCUUGGUGGUUCUUGAUGACGUAUGGUCUACUGAGGUCUGGGACAUCAUAAAGUGUGCAUUCCCAAGUGGAAAGGGAGGAAGUAAAAUACUGCUUACUAGCCGUUCUAGGAACGUAGCUGAAUAUACAGAUUCGUUUGGCAUCAUUCACGAACCAGAAUUAUUUGAUGAUAAAGAUAGCUGGGAGUUAUUGCACAAGAAAGCAUUUCCAAGAUCAUCCGAGGAUCCAGAUUCUCAAAUUGAUGCAAAGAUGGAAGAGUUAGGAAUGAAAAUGGCAAGACAAUGUGGGGGCUUACCACUUGCCAUUGUUGUGCUUGGGGGUCUUCUAGCAACAAAAUAUACCUUGAGCGAGUGGCAAAAGGUGUAUGAAAAUGUUAAUUCACAUCUAAUGAAUGAAGGUAAAUUGUAUGGAGGAGGACAAUAUGGAAGAAUAUUAGGGGUGUUGAGUAUAAGUUAUCAUGAAUUGCCUUAUCAGCUGAAAGCAUGUUUUCUUUAUUUGGGACACUAUCCAGAGGAUUAUGACAUAGAAGUAGAGAACUUAUGUCAAUUAUGGAUAGCUGAAGGUAUUGUACCAGAAUCAAAGGAGCAUAAAAAAACCAGAGAAGAAGAAACAAGUAUGGAUGUGGCAAUACAUUGCUUGAGUGAACUCGCACAAAGGUAUAUGGUUCGAGUGACACUAGAAGAGGAUUUCCUAACACCCAUAAAACAUAGAAGGUUCAUGAAAUGUCGACUCCAUGAUCUUGUUCGAGAUUUAUGUUUGUUGAAGGCAAAAGAAGAGAAUUUUUUUAAGAUUAAUGAUUAUAGACAUUCAAAUCAGCAAGUGCAACCCUCUUUUUCCUCUAUGGAUGCAUCAUUGACUAGCAGUAGUGGUAGUAAUACAAUACACAGACUCAUUAUCUAUUUGGAUUAUGGUACAAAUAUUAAUCGUCUUGGACAAGAAGAGAGGAUUCAGGGAAUAAGGAUGAUUAAAUUCUUAGUCUGCGGUGUGGGGCUGCAAUUGCAUUUAAUAUAUCUUUGCAAGCAUUUCAAAUUUUUGAGAGUUCUAGAACUUGAGGAUAUGCAACGUGAUGAUAUUGGCCAAGAAAAGUUACCAAAAGAAAUAGGAAAUCUUAUCCUUUUAAGGUACUUGGGAUUAGCAAAUACUGCUUUCAGAAAGUUGCCAUCAUCAUUAGGGAACCUAAGAUAUUUGCAAACACUUGACUUGCGAAAUGAUGCGGGGAUUAUAGUGCCAAAUGUGUUAUGGAAGAUGGAAGGAUUGGUGCAUCUUUAUCUUCCCCACUGUGUGCUUUUACAUACAAAAGGUAAGUUGCGAAUAGAUAGUUUAAGCAAAUUGGAAACAUUAGAAAACUUUGACUCAGAUAAGGUUGACACCAAAGGGCUCUUAAAGUUAUCCAAUCUCAGGGAACUAUUUGGGGCAUACUUGAAUGAAAAACUUGAUGAUAACCUAGCAAUGAUCAAUGACUACUUAUUUAACCACAAGCAUUGGCUGCAAAUCGCAUCGUUUUAUGUUAAAAUUGAUGAUUCUUGGAAGGAUGAAAGAAUAAGCCUCCUAAGAAAAUUUGUCACAUAUGAUCAACUUGCUGGAUUGACGAUACAGGGAACCAUUGUUGGUAAGCUAUCAAACUAUCCAUUGUCUCCAUCCCUUGUGAAUAUAUGCUUGUUCCACUCUUUACUUGAGGAUGAUCCUAUGCCAACUUUGGAGAUGCUGCCUAACUUAAGGUUGCUCUCUUUGCUUAAUGCUUUUGUGGGAAAAGAAGUUUUUUGCUCAAUUGGUGGUUUUCCUCGUCUCCAUAAACUUUUCCUCAGUAAUAUGCUCAAUUUAGAGGAAUGGAGAGUGGAUGAGGGAGCCAUGCCUAAUCUCUCUGAGUUAAUGAUUUAUUCAUGCAAGAAGUUGAAGAAGAUUCCUAAUGGAUUAAAAUUCAUCUCCAACUUGAAGCAUCUAGUAAUUUAUGGCAUGCCUAGAGCAUUCCAAGAUAGGGUUCAAGUGGUACAUGACAACGAAGGAGAAGAUUUUCACAUAGUUCAACACAUCCCUACAAUUGAGUUUAAUGAUUGAGAUGUCAACUUGUAAAUUGAAUUUGAAGAUUCAUCUCCAAUUGUUGUUCUAUCAAUGUCACCUCACCGUCUUCCUGAACUUUGAAGAAUACCUCACUGACGUCUGCAAUAAAGCUCGGCUCAACUUUGAAAAAUGUUGUUUCUCCAUUUUCAUUUCUGUGCAACCUAGACAGAAACCUAUCGAUGUUGUGAAUUCUACCAUUACUCGAGGGGUGAGUAAAUAAAAUCGUAAAUCGAGUUAGGUUCAGCGGGUGACAUUAUCUUCAUCUCUUUCUCCACUGUUGGUAUGAUCAAUUCUCGGAGAUCUCACUGGCCAUUGCACAAUGGGGUUGGGCCUCGUCGUUUGUGUCCUAGGAGUCUUGAUCCUCUCCCGUGCAGCCUGCUCUUCCGUCCAAUGUAACUCCCUUCUCACAUCAAUCAACAAUCCGAUCAAAACUAGGGUUUGAUGUGUUCUCAGUGUGGCUUCUUUGUAGUGAUUACAGAUAGGUCUCUGCUCAAGAUCACUGAGGAGGUAUUUUUCGAGCCACCAAUGGAUGUAAUUCUCAUAAUCUCAGUGUAUUGUUUGUGCGUAUAUCCUAGAUACACUCAUGUAAUAUCGUAAACAAUGAUGUUUUGUCGUUGAAUUGCUAGUGGUUGUUGAGUUGGUUUUAGGGCUGGCAUUUUGUAUGUGUGCGGUGCUGAUUGUUCCAAUAAAAUUCUGAUCGAUUCUCCCC